AUGACUGACGCAUUACGCUCCAUAGUAAUGACACAACAUAAGCAAAGAUGCCGUAUCAUAGGAUAUGGGCAGCCAUCCAAGUACCAAUUUUAUGGCAAGAAUAUAUCUUCUGAAUAUUGCGAAUCUGAAGAGGUUCAUUUACACAAAUAUGUUCUUAUACCUAAGACUACAGUAUUACGUAACAAGUCUCGAAGAAUAGUAACGAAUGUGAAUAUUUCUAAG